AUGAGUGAAUUAUCAUCGAAAUUCUCUGUUAAAACUGAUAACUCAGUGGAAAUAUUUUAUUUUGAUGAUCUUGUUAAGAAAAAUAUCACAAGCCAACAGUUAUAUGAAUGGUCAGUACCAAUUGAUACAAUUGAACAGUAUGAAUAUUAUUUAGAAUCAAAUGAUUCAUCUUGGCAAAAACAACCUGUGUACAUUUGUACAUUACCAAGAUUCGGACCUAUGUGUCAGUACCAAUUAUAUUAUGAUCUUGGAGAAUAUGGAACAUUUUCUAAACUAGUUAGUUAUUAUAGAUAUGAUAAUGAUUUUAUUAGCGAUACGACUUGUUUUACUCAUUUGAAAUGUAAUCGCAGUCCUUUGCCAAUAUGUUUAGAUUGGUCAGAAAUUUGUGAUGGUGUAGUUAACUGUCUCGAUGGAAAUCUUGAUGAAGAACAUUGUUGGCAACUUGAAUUGAAUCAGUGUGAACAAAAUGAAUAUCAGUGUACCAUGGGGCAAUGUAUACCGAUUGAAUUUGUUGAUGAUCAUCUAAGGAGUCAUGACUGUCUUGACGGUUCUGAUGAAGCACACGAUCGUUUUACUGUACAUAAUGGCUUUCUUAGUAAGGCGGAGACUUAUGUCCGACUGGACGAUUUAAGAUGCGCAGCUACAUUUUUAACAAGCAGCUGUGAUUACUAUCGUACGUGGGAACUCAUUGACGCUAUGUUUUCAAUACAAGACAGUUCUAUACCGAAAAAAUGCUGGUUCGCUUUUAGAGACUAUUUAGAAAGUAAUGUCUUUGGUAAUGCAAACAGAUAUAUACCUGCUAUAACAAAAGAAUGUCCAGAUGCGCUGUAUUUUCCCAAUGUUCCAGUAUUCUUUGGCCAUGUUUUUACAGCUUAUAAAAAGAAUGAUGUGUUAAAUUCAAACCAGUUCGCCGUACCUUAUUUAUGUUCAAAUAAAUCUUUUCAUGAUGGCUCACUUAAACUAGCUUCAGAUAUAUCAUUAAACAAUCUAACGUGUUUUGUUUUCCCUCGACCUAUAAUUGAUACUAUAACCUACCUAAAUUUGAAAGGAUAUACUUAUUUGAAGACCAUGACGACUAUUUUCGAUCAAAUAAGAAACUUCAAUCCAAUAAUAAGUUAUUCUUCGAACCAAUGUCAUACAUUCAAUUUAUAUCAAUGUACCAAUUCGUCGAAAUGUAUUGGAUUUCGACGUGUUGGCAACAAUAUACGCGAUUGUCCAUAUGGUGACGAUGAAAACAUAUUGAAGGAGGAGAAUUAUCCGUCAUUUACUCGAUUUAUAGAAAAUACAUAUGAUUCCACCUACAUGGAGCGAAUAUAUCCAAUAGACGGUUAUACCGACAAAAAACAUUACUGUAGUUUCGAUGAUGACUUUUGCGAAGUUACAGGACGUGGCAGUAAUUUGACUCAAAGAAUGAUAUCGUUCCUGACACUGUGUGACGGCUUCAAGGUAUUAUAUCCAAUAACAAUCGACGGACAAAAUCAUACAGAUGAAACUGAAUGCGAACAAUGGGAGUGUGAUAAUUUAUAUACUCAUUGCGAUGAUAGAUGGAAUUGUUGGGACGGAAGGGAUGAAAUGGAUUGUAAUCGACUACCAAUUACGCUUAAUUGUUCCUCAGAAACACGAAUAUGUGUCGCAUUAGACACGCUUAAUGUGACAUGUUUACCACUUAAUAAAAUUAAUGAUGGUCAAGUUGAUUGCUUUGGUGGAACCGAUGAACGAAGGAUAUGCCGUCGUAAAAAUUUCGUGGGUUGGAUUGACGGAUUUUAUUGUGCGAACAGCAAACCACCAAUUUGUUUGUCCUCCAUUAAUUUCUGCAAUGACGUAAAGGAGUGUCCAAAUGGAGAGGAUGAACAAUUUUGUCCAGAAGGUCAAUCAAUGUCAGUCGUUGAUGAUACAUUUCAAUUGAAUUCUGUUUUACACCGCCCUAUUGUACAGAAUUUUUUUCGACUCUUCGUAAGCAAUUUUCCUUUUUAUCCAACAGGAAAUCAAUAUUUUAGAAUUCCUGGGUUCGAUAGAUCAGAGGUACGCAUGGUAGAGAAUACAUUUAAUCCAAGUUAUACUGCUCGGACUUCACUACUUGAUGAACGACGUUGUCAUCGUGGUCUUGAUUUACGUGUUUGGCUAAAUGAGUCAUUGUACGGAUAUACAAGUACGUGUCUUUGCCCACCCGGCUAUUAUGGUAAUCAAUGUCAAUAUCAAAAUGAACGUAUAAGUUUAGUAAUACAAUUCAGUGUGUCAACUGAAUCAUGGCAAAUUCCAUUGACGAUAUUGGCUUUAUUGAUUGAUGAUACAAAUCGACGAAUAAUUCAUUCUUAUGAACAAUUCACUUAUUUAUCGGCACGAGAUUGCGACGUUAAAUUUAAUUUUCAUUUAUUUUAUUCAACUCGACCAAAAGAUAUGAAUAGAAAUUAUUCAAUUCAUAUUGAUAUUUAUGAAAAGAAUUCUCUUCGUUACCGAGGAAGCUUUCUUUAUCCCCUGAAAUUUUUAUUUUUACCCGUUCAUCGGUUAGCAUUCAUUAUCAAUAUUCCAUCAGUCAGUGAUUAUUCUUGCUCAAAUCAGCAAUGUCAGCAUGGAAAAUGUAUGAAAUAUGUCAAUGAUGAAAAAACAUUUUGUCAAUGUGAUGAAGGAUGGUCCGGAGAGUAUUGUCAUGUUCAACAUAAUUGCACUUGUUCAUCAAAAAAAUCAUUAUGUAUUGGUGUGUUAGCUGAUAAUCGAUCAAUCUGUGUAUGUCAAGGGAACCGAUUUGGUCCUCGUUGUUAUCUUAAGAACCGAGUUUGCGAAAGUUUUCCAUGUCUACAUAAUGGUUUAUGUAUCCCAGGCGAUGAUUUUAUGACGACAAAUGAAACAAAAUAUAGUUGUAUAUGUGAAAAAGGUUUUAGUGGACGUCAAUGUGAAGUAGAUAGUAAUCAAAUUAAUAUUAUAUUCGAUAAUGACUUGCAUAUAUCUCAAUCAGUUUUUAUUCAUUUUAUCACGAUGCGUAUGCCAGGUGAAAUCAUCAACAACUACAACCCAAAAUUAGGUAAAACAUUAGAAAGAUCAACAACAUUACAAACGAUAUCUCAAGCAACAAAUUCAAUCAGAUUUUAUUGGUCACAACAAUUUCAUUUAAUUUUUAUUGAAACAUUGGAUAAGAUCUUUUACUUAGCUUUUCUUCAACCAAAUUAUAUUCCUUCAACAAAAAGAACUCUACAGAUUAGUUCAUCACAUCGUUGUCCAUCAAUUAAUGAAUUGACAAAUGAAACAUUUGCUCAACUUCAUGUUCUUCGUCGUAUGAAAUAUUAUCAUGUAAUUUGUCGACAACAUUCUCCUCAUUUACAAUGUUUUCAUGAUGAUUUAAAUCUUUGUUUAUGUUAUGAGUUUAAUGGGAAGCGCUUAGCAAAUUGUGCUGAUUUUGACCAUGAAAUGAAGUUCGAUUGUUCUGGGAAAAGUGCUUGUGAAAAUGGAGGUCGAUGUUUUCAAGAUUCACCAACAUGUCCAAAACAAAUUAUUUGUGCUUGUCAUUCAUGUUAUUUUGGAGCUCGUUGUCAGCAUAGCACAAGUGAAUUUGGUUUAUCAUUAGAUGCUAUCUUAGCAUAUCAUAUUAUUCCAGAUGUUGAAUUUAUUGGUCAAGCAACAGUUGUUAAAAUAAGUUUUGCAUUAACAACUCUAUUUUUUAUCUUUGGGAUAAUUAAUGGUAUACUUUCGUUAAUGACAUUUCAAAGCCAAAAUGUACGUGAAGUCGGUUGUGGAAUUUAUCUAUUUGGUUCGUCCGUAACAACAAUAUUAACAAUGCUCAUGUUUGCAUCAAAAUAUUUUAUUUAUCUUUCGACACAAAUGUCAUCUUUAUCGAAUGAAUCAUUUCUUAAAAUUCAAUGUCAUUUAUUAGAUUUCCUUCUUCGAAUUUGUUUAAAUAUGGACCAAUGGCUAAAUGCAUGUGUUGCUUUAGAAAGAUCAGUAACUGUUAUUCAAGGCGCUCAAUUUAAUAGAAAGAAAAGUAAAACAUUAGCAAAGAAAAUUACUCUUCUUCUCGUAACUUUCAAUGUUUUGACAUCAAUUCACGAUCCGAUUUAUCGUAAAUUGACAGAAGAAGAAACUGAAAAUAAUGAACAUAAAAGAAUUUGGUGUGUUGUUAGUUAUUCUUCAAAUUUACAAAUUUAUAACCGCAUUAUAAACACAUUUCAUUUUUUCAUUCCAUUUCUAAUUAACUUUAUUUCAUCGAUUAUUUUAAUAACAAAAAAAUCUCGUCAACAGUCUAAUUUACAUGAAAAUCAACCCUAUUCAGAUGAAUUGCGUAAACACCUUCGAGAGCAUCGACAUUUAUUAAUUGGGCCUAUUGUUUUAUUUCUUCUUGCAUUACCCCGUUUGAUUCUCUCUUAUGUAUCACAAUGUAUGAAUUCAGCACGAGAUUCAUCAAUAUUUCUUGGUGGAUACUUUAUUUCAUUUAUUCCACCAAUGAUUACUUUUAUUAUUUUUGUUAUUCCUUCAGAAUUCUAUAGAAAGGAAUGUCGAAAUUCAAUAGCACAAUUUCAGCAACGUAUUCGAAGAAUCAUAUAG